AACUAACGUGGAGGCUCACCCAGAUGACAAGCUUGGUGGGCGAGUCGUAUGAGGGUCUCACCAAAAUCCAUUACCUUACAACCCUUAAGCUACCGUGUCUUUUACUCGUUAGAUUUUUCAGUUUUCAUGAAGAUUCACUCUCUCUCUCUUUGAUUUCGAUUUGACACUUAUUACAACAACAACUUCAACUUCUUCUUGCAACCGAGAAACAAAGAGAAAGAGAGAAGAUGGAGGGUGAAGAAGGAAGAGGAGAGAGAGAGAUAGGAACAGUCACUGUCACAGCCACAGCCACAGCCACAGCCACAAGGAAGAGAGGUGUUGGUGUUGUUGAUGGUGAGAGAAGGUACAAAGGAAUCAGGAUGAGGAAGUGGGGCAAAUGGGUCGCUGAAAUUAGGGAACCCAAUAAGCGUUCGAGGAUUUGGCUUGGUUCUUAUUCCACUCCCGUUGCCGCGGCGCGUGCUUACGACACCGCCGUUUUCUAUCUCAGGGGACCCUCAGCCCGUCUUAACUUCCCGGAGCUUCUGGCUGGAGAAGGAGCCGCCGUCGUUGCCGGAUGUGACAUGUCGGCGGCUUCUAUUAGGAAGAAAGCUACCGAAGUGGGUGCCAGAGUUGAUGCCCUCCAGGCCACCCUCGACCACCACCACCGCCACCAACCUCAUGUGGCGGCGCCUCCGGAGCUACUGUCGGGUGGCGGUGACGGUGGCUCCGGGGAUUUUGCGGAACGGGUUGUUGACCUGAAUAAGGUUCCCGAACCCGAGAGUUCGGACUGUGAUUGGGAUGUGAAUUGAUGGGGAAAAAAAUGCUUCUUUCACGUUCCGGUGGUUGCUAACAUGCGCCAUGGAGGUUCUGCGAUGGCUGAAGCAAAGUGAUCUUGUUGAUGAGGCCUUUGGUGUGGAUUACUGUAUCUUUUCCCUUCUCUCUCUCUCUCUCUCUCUCUCUGUCUCUCUAUUAGGUAGUAUUUAUUUUUAUUUUUCUGAUUUUUAGAUUCCACGAAAGAAAUUUUGGCGUUGUAAAAUGUUAAAAUGUAAAUUAACUAGUCACUAGCCUCUCUUUCUUCGUAGUUCUCUAUCUGUCGAAUCGUUAAUUUUCUUAGCUUCAUCUCUUUUUGGGCUACAAGAAGAGACAC